GCCCGCCGGCGGGGGAUGCGGCGGCUCCGCGCAGCGCAGGCGCGGCGGGAGGGGGCGGGACACGGCGGCGUGGUUAGCGCAUGAGGGGGCGUGGCCCGCGCGAGGGAGAAGGCGUGGUUAUACCGUUGAGGGGCGUGGCCUAGAGGGAGGCGUGUCCAUCCGCGGUCUCCGUGAGCCCCGGGAGCGGCGGGAGGGGCGUGGCCAGCGGCGGAGGGGCGUGCCUACCGGCGGGGGCGUGGCCAGCGGAGGCCCCGGUGUGGCGGGCGGCGGCGGGGCCGCCCGGGUGAGGCGGGCCGGGCUCGGCUCCGCUCCGGUUCCUCCCCCCGGCGCUGCGCGGGGAAGCGUGAGGGUCCCCUCAGGCCGCGCCUCCCCUCAGGCCGCGGCGGGAGCCCGGGCCCGCGCCAGGCCGUGCCGCGCCGCGCCGCUCCCGGUGCCGUGAGGGGAAGAUGGCCUCUCGGAGGAUCACCCGCGAGACGUUCGAGGCCGUGGUGCAGGACAAGGCGAAGCGGUACCGGAGCGGUGCCGCGGGGGACGCCGUCCAUCAUUUCCCAGCUCACUCGCGGCCGCUGCCCCGGCCGCGCUACAACGAGAGCUUCCCCCACGACGGGCGCUUCCCUCACGCCAACUGCCAGCCCCGGGACUGGGGCCAGGAGCCCGGCGAGGAUUACCCUGGGGACAGCUACCCCGGCGAGGACUAUCCUGGAGAGAACUACCCCGGCGAGGAUUACUCUGGGGAGGAUUACCCUGGAGAGAACUACCCCGGGGAGGAUUACCCCGGCGAGGAUUACCCCAGGGAAAGUUACCCCGGCCCCUCCUACAGGGCCGCCAGCCCCCUGCUCCGCAAGGAGAACUAUUUCCACGGACAGUUCUCCCGGCCCGCGCCCCGGGAGCGGGAGUUCGGCCAGGAUUACGGCAAGUUCGGCCGUGCAGCUGCCCCGGGCAGGGAGCACGGGCAGCAGCAGCACCGCGACUACGGGCAGCAGCGGGACAGGGAGUACGGGCAGCAGCGGGGUUACGGCCCCUCGCAUUGCUGGGAAGCGGGGCAGCAGGGAGCGGGGUUUGGCUCCUCGGAGCUCUUGGGGGAUUUCAGGUCUCCCGGGCUGCUGGAGGAGGAGUACGGCCCCGCGGAGGAGCAGGAGUACGGGGCGGCGGACAGCGCGUUCCGGCCGCCGCUGCGCAGGGGGGGCGCGGCCAGGGGGAGAGUGCUGAGGGGAAAACGCCCCACCCGGGGCGUGGGGAAACCCAAGGUGUUCAAAGGAGACAUCAAAAGCCCCCUCAGGAAGUGGGGUGUGAAGAAAGCGCAGCCAGGCCUGGAUCCCCAAGCUCUGGAUCCGCCUCUGGAGGUCGCCGAGCAGAGGCCGGUGCCCCUCCAGCAGCACCCCAAGCUGCCCCCGCACCCCGCGGCAGCCCAGAGAGCCAUCCUGAGGCUGCCAAAGCCCGCCCACGUCUUCAGGAACCUCAACUUCGACCUGGUGGACAAAUCGGACAUUUUCUCCACCUUCGGCAUCGAGAUCAUCAAGUGGGCCGGGUUCCACGCCAUCAAAAACGACGCCGAGUUCUCGCGGCUCUUCGGGGCCCUCUUCGAGCUGGAGACCGAGACCUGUGCCAAGAUGCUGGCCUCCUUCAAGUGCUCCCUGAGGCCCGAGCACAGAGAUUACUGCUUCUUCACCAUCAAGAGCUUGCAGCACGCCGCCCUGAAAACCCCCAAGGUGGACAACGAGUUCUUGAACAUGCUGCUGGACAAGGGGGCGGUGAAAACCAAGAACUGCUUCUUUGAGAUCAUCAAACCUUUUGACAAAUACAUCAUGAGGCUCCAGGACCGGCUCCUCAAGGGCGUGACCCCGCUGCUGAUGGCCUGCAACGCCUACGAGCUGAGCCUCAAAACCAGCGGCUUCGGCAACCCCAGGGACAUGGCCAGCGCCUUCGAGACCACCGUGUCCCUGUGCAGGAAGUCCCUGGCCCUCCUGGGCCAGACCUUUGCCCUGGCCUCCGUGUUCAGGCAGGAGAAAAUCCUGGAGGCCGUGGGGCUGCAGGAGAUGGCCCCGGCGCCGACGUCCUUCCCAAAUUUCGACGACUCCACGCUCUUUGGGAGGGAGUACAUCGAGAACCUGAAGGCUUGGCUGGACAAGAGUGGCUACCCCAUCCAGAUGAAAAGAGCAGAGGCAGCAGCCACGGGGCAGCUCGGAGCAGCCUCCCCCAGCCCCACAGCCCCCCAGCGAGCUGACAGGAAGGUUCUGGACACAAUUGAGCAGCUGGUGAGCAGCAUCGUGGCAGGAACUUUGUCUGCCAAGGACAGGAAUGCUCAGAAGAACUCUCCUGAAUACUGGUUCCUGUGUGACGAGGAGAGCCUGGAGUACAAGUACUACAGGCUGAGGCUGUCGGAGGUGCAGAGGAGCAGCCUGGCAGGGGAGGCAGCAGCCCCGGAGUCCCUCAGGGCCAUGCUCUAUGCCAGGAGAGUGGCCAGCAUCAAAAGGAGACUUUUCAAGCACAAAAAAAAGCCCGUCCUUGUCCCUGCCCGUGCCAGGAGGGCGAGGAGGGCGAGCACGGGCACCCAGACCCUGCUGUCAGCUGGCACCGUGCUGAAACAGCCAGACAAAAAUCCUCCAGGUGCCAAGGCUGGCCUGGCACAGCCCGGGCUGGCCCAGCCUGGCCUGGCUGCCACCAGCUGUGCCCCUCAAGGUGCCACCAGCUGUGCCCCUCAAGGUGCCACCAGCUGUACCACUCAAGGUGCCACCUCCUCAGCCCCUCAAGGUGCCAGCUGCGCCCUCCAAGGUGCCACCUCCUCAGCCCCACAAAGUGCCAGCUCUGACCCUCAAGGUGCCAGCUGUGCCACUCAAGGUGCCACCUCCUCAGCCCCCCAGGGUGGCAGCUGUGCCCCCCAGGGUGGCAGCUGCUGCCAGGUGCCCGAGGCAGCAGAGGCAAGAGCAGAUGCCCAGGCUUUGGCCACGGCUGCCGAGCCCCUCCCAGGCCUGGGCUCGCCCUUUGCUGAGGUGGAUGCCAAAACCAUGGAAACGGCAGAGAAACUGGCCAGGUUUGUGGCUCAGGUAGGACCAGAGAUUGAGCAGUUCAGCAUUGACAACAGUGCAGAUAACCCCGACCUCUGGUUCCUCCAGGACCAAACCAGCCCUGCCUUCAAAUUCUACCGCAUGAAAGUCUUGGAGCUGUGCCCCUCCAUCACCUUCAGCCCCGAGGCUGCAGAAGCUGCCAGAGCUGCAGGGCCAACCCUGGACAUGGAGGAGGACGAGGAGGAAGAGGAGGAGGAAGAAGAAGAGGAGGAAGAAGAAGAAGAAGAAGCUGAGUUUGAACCCUCCCAACCUGAUGAGGAGGAUGAGGAGGAUGAGGAGGACGUGGCAGCAGGUAGAAGGGUGACAAAGCUAGAGGAAGAUGUGGUGUCCAGAGCAGGAGAGGAGGUGUCAGGAGGUGAAGUGCAGCUCUCCAGCCCCCCUGACGGCGCUGUCCCAAAUCUGUCGACACAGGCACCCGGCCCGGGCCCCGGCGCGCGCUUCCCCCGCAAACGGGUCAGCUCCAAGUCCCUGAGGGUGGGCCUGAUCCCGGCCCCCAAACGGAUCUGCCUCAUCCAGGAGCCCAAAGUGCAUGAACCUGUCAGGAUUGCUUAUGACAGACCCCGGGGCUGCCCUGUCACAAAGAAAAAAAAGAAGCCCAGGGCGGUGGAGGUGCCCCAGAAGAGGCUGAGCCCCAGGAACGUGGGCUUCCAGAUGCUGCAGAGGAUGGGCUGGCAGGAGGGGCACGGGCUGGGCACGCGCGGCCGCGGCAUCCGAGAGCCCCUGCACCUGGGUGCAACCUCUGCUGGGGAGGGUUUGGGAGUGGCAGGGGAAGAAAACCAAGAAGAUGCUUUUGACAUUUUCCGCCAGAGGAUGAUCCAGAUGUACCGCCAGAAAAGGGCAAACAAAUAGCUCCAGGCUCUCUUCCAUGAAGACCCCAGGGCCCCUCCCCACCCUCCCGUGCUCUCUCUGCUGGAUUUGGUCGGAUUUCCCUGGAAUUCCACCCCAAACUCUGGAUUUUCCAUCCUAAAUUCUGGAUUUCCCUGGAAUUCCACCCCAAACUCUGGAUUUUCCAUCCUAAAUUCUGGAUUUUCCACCCCAAACUCUGGAUUUUCCACCCCAAACUCUGGAUUUUCCGUCCUAAAUUCUGGAUUUCCCUGGAAUUCCAUCCCAGACUCUGAAUUUUCCAUACCAAACUCUGAAUUUCCCCUGGAAUACCAUCCCAAACUCUGGAAUUCCAUCCUAAAUUUCAGAUUUUCCCUGGGAUCUACCCCAAACUCCGGAUUUUCCACCCCAAAUUCUGGAUUUCCCCUGGAAUUCCACCCCAAAUUCCAGAUUUUCCCUGGAAUUCCACCCCAAAACUCUGGAUUUUUCCAUCCAAACAUCUGAUUUUCAACCCCAAACUCUGCAUUUCCCCUGGAAUUCCACCCCAAGUUCUGGAUUUCCCCUGGAAUUCCACCCCAAGUUCCAGAUUUCCCCUGGAAUUCCACCCCAAAUUCCCUCCUUUCCGUGCAGUUUUCCAUCCCAGGAGGGGCAAAUGAAGAUUUUCCCCAUUUUGGUGUCAGUAACAUUUGGUGGAAAUGUUCAAUAAAGUAGAGCUGGACAGUUCUGCUGCCUCUGAUCUCUCAUUGGGAUUUUUUGGCCCUUUGCAGGAGAUGUGCAUUUUUAUUUUAAUUAAAUUAAUUUUUUUUUGCUGGAAUUUGGAAUUCCUCUGGAUGCAGAGCAGGAUUUUGGGGUCAAAAUCCAUUUUUGGGAUGGGAUUCCUCACCAAAAACUGGAAUUAAUUCUUUCCCAAAAAAUCAAUAUACAACUUUUUUUUUUUUUCCUCUUGACCUCCCACUCCCAAUUUUUAUUUUGCCCAAAUAAAGCCUGGCCCCAAAAAUCCAAAUAUUCUCCUUUUGGCUUCUUCCUAUCCUAAUUAAAACAAAAUUAAAAUUUAAUUUCCAUUUUUAAUCCUGCAUGUCUCACAGCUGAGUGGCCAAGCACAACCUGAGGUGGGUUUGAGCAAUAAAACACCUGAAAAAUCAGAAUAAAACACCCAAAAAAUCAGAAUAAAACACCCAAAAAAUCAGAAUAAACACCCGAAAAAUCAGAAUAAACACCCAAAAAAUCAGAAUAAACACCUGAAAAAUCAGAAUAAAACACCCGAAAAAUCAGAAUAAACACCUGAAAAAUCAGAACAUGCUGGAACCACCACGGGGUUUUUCUGAAAUCAAUCCAGUUUUGGGGUUUUUGGUGACCUGGGUUCAGUUUGGGGCUGGGACUGGUGGAGUUCUCUGUGCCAAUAAAAUUCUGGUGUUGGAA